CUCGGCGAACGCCAUGUAAACAUGAUAGCAUUCUCUUCCACGAUCGGUAUCGGAUUGUUCUUGCAGUCUGGAAAGAUCAUGUACCUUAUUGGACCCGGUGGUGCAGUCCUGGCAUACCUGUUUAUGGGUACUCUUCUUUGGUCAGCGAAUGCUUCGUUAGGGGAAAUGACAGCCGUUUUUCCCGUCAAGGGCCCGAUCAUCGAUUUUCCAAGUCGAUAUCUAGAUGAAGGGGUUGGAUUCGCUGUGGGCUGGAUGGCUUGGUUCGCAUACAUCAAUCUCACAGCAACCGAAGUCUCAGCUGUCGCCUCCCUCUUCAAAUUCAAAUUCGAGCCCGAAUACCUAGCAUCUUUCUCCUACCCCCAAGAAACCCUCCAAUGGACAUUCGGUCUCAACACCAACCCGGCUGUGUGGGUCGGAAUGAUGCUCCUCGGUAUCUUAGCUAUCAACCUCCUCCCCGUCCGCGCCUACGGCGAAAUCGAGUACGUCUGCGGCUGCAUCAAACUCAUUGUCAUAGUCGGCAUCAUAAUGAUGAACACAAUCAUCAACGCAAACAAUACUCGCACUAACGGCACAAGUCACUUUCAGCUUUACCAAUUGCCUUGGGGAUUCUUCUCCAACCAGACAGUAACGGAUCCUUCAGGUGGGAGAACAUAUACCUUUACGGGAGGAACGGGACGAUUGGUGGGUAUGUGGUCAGCGAUGAACACGAUUUUCUUCAGUCUGCAAGGAUUUUUUACUGUGAGUGUUACGGCGGCAGAAAAUAAACAUGUGGAGAGGGAUGAAGCUAUCAAACUCGCUACUCGCAAGGUCUCUCUCAGAGUCAUCCUCCUCUACGUUCUUGUGGUUUUCACAGUCGGACUCAAUGUCCCAUACAACGACAAGAAUCUGCAAGAUCAGACUAUCAGCUCUAUUCGCAGAGGCCAGAACUCGCCGAUUAUCAUCGCCUGUAUACACAAUAGCAUUGUUGGGUGGCCUCAUUUCUUCAAUGCUUUUUAUAUAUUCUCGGCAUUCAGUUGUGGGGUUAAUGGAUUAUUUAUUGCAUCCAGACUUUUGCAUGCACUUGCGAGCAUCAGGAACGUGUGGCCGAAUACGGGAUGGGGAGCGAAUAUCAAGGCGAGGUUGGAGAGGACAUCAAGCAAAGGUGUGCCUGUCAAUGCGGUGUUUGUGAGCUGGUUGUUUGGUCUGCUUGGGUUUCUGGCUGUUAAGCCGAGUCCUGCGAGAAUUCUCGGCCGCAUGGCAAUCUUCUCCACCUGCUCGAUGCUGAUCGUCUACGCCUGCGUUGCUAUCUCAUUUUUAUACUUUAAGACCAGAACCAUCAACGGCGAUCCGGAUGAAGGCGUGCUGGUCUCCACUCCCGAAGGACAGUUCUUGAAUCGUAAUGCGAGCGACUAUCCUUAUAAAUCGCACCUCCAAUGGCUACGCUCGGCAUACGCGCUCUUCGGCUGCUGUCUACUCAUCAUCUUCAUCGGAUGGCGAGCUUUCUUGAACCCGUUCUCUCACGCGGAUUUCUUGGCUGCGUAUCUGAGUGUC